UGCCAGUCAAGAAUAAUUUCCCAAACUGUCCAAACAUUUUCCGUCCAUUCUGAGUUAAAAACAACUGCAAAAUGACUGAAAAGACGGCACCUAGAAGCCAACUUCGUUUAGAAUGGGUGUACGGAUACAGGGGACACCAGUGCCGUAAUAACCUGUACUACACGGCGGCGAAGGAGGUGGUCUAUUUCGUAGCCGGUGUUGGAGUUGUUUACAACAGCAAUGAUGGGAAGCAGAAAUUCUACCUGGGCCAUGACGAUGAUAUUGUCAGUUUGGCAUUGCAUCCGGAGCGCACCCUUGUGGCCACAGGACAGGUUGGAAAGAAGCCCUAUAUCUGUGUGUGGGAUUCACUAUCCAUGCAGACUCUGUCCAUUUUGAAAGAUGGCCAUGAGGCCGGAGUUGGGGCACUGUCAUUUGAGAAAAAUGGAAUGAGGCUUGUUAGUGUAGGACUUGACCAAAAAUGCACCAUCAAUGUGUGGGACUGGAGAAAGGGGAAAAUCAUUGCCACAACUAUUGGACAUACAGACAGGGUCUUUGAUGUCCAAUUCAACCCUUACAAGGAGAACUCUAUUGCAAGUUGUGGUGUGAAGCACAUCAAGUUCUGGACACUGUGCGGUAAUGCCCUGACUGCCAAGAAGGGUGUCUUUGGAAAGGUUGGAGAGAUCCAGACCCAGCUGUGUUUGGCCUUUGGUCCUGAUGAUAUGGCAUACUCUGGAACGUUGAGUGGAGAUAUCUACUGCUGGAAGGAAAACACCCUGAUGAGGGUUGUUGGAGGUGCUCAUGCUGGAAGUAUCUUCACAAUGGAAGCCACAGACGAAGGUUAUGCGACUGGUGGCAAAGACGGGACGAUAAAACUCUGGGACUCUGAUUUCAAACAGCUGACUAAUGUAGAUCUGACCGAGACAGAACAAGGUUACAAAGGUCUGAUUGUAAGAAGUGUUUGCUGGAGAGGAGAGAAGAUCCUCUGUGGGACACAGGACAGUGAGAUAUUUGAAAUUGGCGUCCGGGAGCGAGAGAAGCCUGUGUGCCUGGUCCAGGGACAUGCUGAAGGGGAACUCUGGGCUCUAGCAGUUCACAGCAAGAAACCUAUAUUUGCGACUGGGAGCGAUGAUCAUACGCUGAGGUUGUGGCACAUGGGUGACAAGGCACCUCUCUCAAGAACGACACUUGACCACAACAUCAGAUCCUGUGCCUUCAGUGAGGAUGGACUACAUGUGGCAGCCGGCUUGGCUGAUGGAUCAUUCACUGUAUUGAAAACAAAGGACUUGUCCGAGAUCAUCCACAUCAAGGACAGGAAGGAGGUCAUUCACGAGAUGAAAUACUCUCCUGACGGAAAGCUUCUUGCUGUUGGCUCCAAUGAUAAUUUUGUUGACAUCUAUGCUGUUGGUCAGAUGUACAAGAAGGUCAGCCAGUGCACGGGAAACUCAAGCUUCAUCACUCACUUGGAUUGGUCUGAGGACAGCAAGUUUAUACAGACAAACAGUGGAGCUGGGGAGAGGCUGUUCUACAGGAUGCCAACUGGCAAACAAGUAACUGCUAAAGAGGAAAUCAGGAACAUCCGUUGGCAGACUUGGACCGGUGUCCUUGGUCCCGAGGUCAAUGGAAUCUGGGAGAAGUACACCGAUACGAAUGACAUCAAUGCUACAGAUGCUUUCUUUGGAAGUGAAUGCAUCGUCACUGGAGACGAUUUCGGACUUGUCAAACUGUUCAAGUUUCCGUCAUUGAAGAAAGGUGCCAAAUUCAGGAAGUACGUUGGACAUUCAGCCCACGUGACCAAUGCGCGCUUCUCCCAUGACAAGCAACGAGUCAUCACAACUGGUGGUGGCGAUCAUGCCGUCUUCCAGUGGCGGUUCGUCCCAGAAGGAAUGGCAGGGGACGAUGAUGGUCAAGCUAUCGGAACGAAUGCCUAUGUGGACUCAAACAGUGAAGAUAGUGACUCUGAUGUUUCUGAUGUCGGUGAGUUGGACUCUGACCUGGAGGCAGAGAAACAGAAGAACUAUGAUCGAGACGUUUAUAAGGAGGACAUGAAGGUGUUGAAAAAGUCCAUGAAGAGCGAGAUGCGAGCUGGGCAGAAGAGGAACUCACCGCCAGAUAGUGGACUCAAGCUGGAGUUCGUUCAUGGGUAUCGAGGAUACGACUGCCGAAACAACCUCUUCUAUACUCAGAACGGAGACAUUGUCUACCAUGUCGCAGCUGUUGGCAUCGUCUACAACAGAGAAAGCCACUCACAGAAAUUCUACCUCGAGCAUACUGAUGACAUCCUCUGUUUGUGCAUCCAUCCGACCCGUGAUCUGAUUGCCACCGGGCAGGUUGGGCGAGACCCGUCUGCCCAUAUCUGGGACCUUACCACCAUGAAGACAGUCUCGAUACUGAAAGGGGAACACCAGCGUGGGAUCUGUGCUGUGGAUUUCUCAGCUGAUGGUCGAAAGCUUGCAAGUGUUGGUUUGGACGACAACCAUGUAAUUGUUGUGUGGGACUGGAAGAAGGGAGAGAAACUGGCCACGACUCGAGGUCACAAGGACAAGAUCUUCGUGAUAAAGUGGAAUCCGUAUGACCUGAACAGGCUCAUCACAGUCGGGGUCAGACACAUCAAGUUCUGGACUCAGACAGGUGGUGGUUUCACAUCCAAUCGUGGCACAUUUGGCAAUGUUGCCAAGCUAGACACCAUGCUGUGCCUCGCCUUUGGCAAAGAUGCCGAUACGUGCUACACAGGUGGCGCUAAUGGUGAAGUCUACGUGUGGCAGGGAAAUGUGGUCGCCAGGACUGUCAAGGCUCAUGAAGGACCUUGUUUUGCCAUGCACUCCUUGGAUAAGGGUUUUGUCACAGGAGGAAAAGACGGCAUUGUUGGCCUGUGGGACGAACCUUUCGAGAAGUGCCUGAAGACCUACAGCAUCAAGAGAUCUUCCCUUGCCCCGGGCAGCAGGGGCACCUUGGUUGUGGACAGUCCUUCAAUCAGGGCAGUCGUUCUUGGCCAUGGUCACAUCCUAGUGGGGACAACCAACAGCGAGAUAUUAGAGAUUGCCAAGACUGGGCCAAUGAAUGUCCUUGUUCAGGGCCAUCAAGAGCUAGAACUGUGGGGUCUGGACACCCACCCUAGCAAGGCAAUCUGCGCCACUGUCAGCGAUGACAAGAGUUUGAGAAUCUGGGACCUUGGCCCAGAACACAAGAUGCUCAACUGCAAAGUGAUGAAGAAGCCAGGACGCGCUGUUGGAUUCUCCCCUGAUGGAAAGGUCAUCGCUGUCGGACUUAACGAUGGUAGCUUUGUCGUGGUCAAUGCUGACACCUUGGAAGAUAUCGUCCAAUUCCACCACAGGAAGGAGAUGAUCUCUGAUAUCAAGUUCUCACCUGAUUUGGGAAAGUAUCUUGCCGUUGGCUCCCAUGACAACUUUGUUGACAUCUACAAUGUGUUGAGCAGUAAGAGGGUUGGUGUGUGUAAGGGCAGUUCCAGCUACAUCACACAUGUUGACUGGGAUGCAAAAGGCAAACUUUUGGUUUCAAAUUCUGGCGCCAAAGAGCAGCUGUUCUUCGAGGCUCCACGUGGCAAGAGGCAGACGAUACGGAAUGCAGAGCUUGAGAAGCAUCCGUUUGCAACCUGGACCGGCGUCCUUGGUCACACCUGCGAGGGAAUCUGGCCACCGAAGUGUGAUGUCACUGAUGUGAAUGCUGCAUCAGUUACCAAAGACAGACGUCUCAUUGCAACUGGGGAUGACUUCGGCUUCGUAAAACUGUUCAACUAUCCAGCAUUGGGAAAAUUUGCCAAAUUCAAGAAGUAUGUCGGACACAGUGCUCACGUCACCAAUGUGCGAUUCACCAGUGACGACCGAUAUCUGGUGUCUGUGGGCGGUGCGGAUACAGCACUGAUGGUGUGGUCACAUGUUGGUGUAGGCGAGAGGGCGUCUGCUCGUGGAGACAGUGAUGACUCCGAUAUGGAAUCAGAAGAGGAAGGAGGCUAUGACAGCGAUGUAUGUCGAGAGAAGGACAUGGACUACAGCAAGAAGAUUUACGUCAACCCGGUGAGGGAUACGAAUGGCAUCAAACCACACUUGCAGGAAAAUGAAGUUGAACAAAAACCGGCAGUGAGUCGGAAUGCGCCAGUGCCGCCGAAGGUGAAGAGGAGUGAUGGGGGUGCUGGUGAGAAGAAGAAGAGGACACAGCCUAUCACUGACCUAGUAUUGGAACAUGUGUUUGGCUACAGGGGAUUCGACUGCAGGAACAACAUGCACUAUAUCAACGAUGGGGCUGACAUCGUCUACCACGCAGCCGGUGCCUGUAUUGUACAGAAUUUAGCAAAUGGCACUCAAAGUUUCUACACCGAGCACACCGAUGACAUCAUCUGCCUGACUGUCAACAGACAUCCCAAGUUCAAGAACGUCAUCGCAACGGGCCAGAUUGGCAAAACUCCAGCCGUGAAUAUCUGGGAUGCGACAAGCAAGCAGACGCUGUCCAUCGUGCAGGGCUUCCAUACCAAGGGUGUUUGUGCCGUAAACUUCUCCUGCAGCGGCAAACUGCUGCUGACAGUUGGCAUUGAUGAUGAUAACUCCGUUGCUGUGUGGAGAUGGCAGGAAGGUGCCAAAGUGUCGUCAGCUCCAGGAAACACAAGCAGAAUAUUCCACGCAGAAUUCCGUCCCGACUCGGACAGCCAUUUCGUUACAGUUGGCGUCCAACAUGUCAAGUUUUGGACAGUUGCCGGCAGUACACUUGUCGGGAAGAAGGGAGUGAUUGGUGAGGUUGUGACAGCCAGUGGAGACCCAGCAAAGAUGCAGACAAUGCUGUGUGUUGCUUUUGGAGCAAACAAUGUGACAUUUACUGGUGCCAUGAGUGGAGAUGUGUAUCUGUGGAAAGACAACACGUUAGCCCGAGUCAUCCACAAGGUGCACACUGGGCCGGUCUUCUGCUUGUACACGACACUCCGUGACGGCCUUAUCGUGUCGGGCGGGAAGGAGCGCAGGAGCAAGGACGGUGGCCCGGUGAAGCUAUGGGAUCAGGAGAUGAAGAGAUGCAGGGCCUUCAAUAUUGACACCAAGGAUGACAUCACUGUGGUCAAGAGCGUGUGCAGGGAAAAGGGUAAGAUCCUAGUAGGAACCAAGGAUAGUGAUCUGUAUGAGAUCGGAGAGAAGAAUGGUACAUGCAAGGCUCUGGUGCAUGGCCACAGCGAGGGUGAACUCUGGGGCCUGGCUGUCCACCCCACGAUGGAGCGGUGUGUGACGGCCAGUGAUGAUGGUACCAUGAGGAUUUGGGAUCUAACAACGAAGGCAAUGUUGCACAGUCUGAGGGUUGGGCCAGCACGAUCAGCUCACUACAGCUCUGACGGUGAAUACCUGGCGAUCGGGUUGAAGAAUGGCGAAUUCCUCCUUCUCAAUGCUAACAACCUCAAGCUGAUCAGUAAGAAGAGGGACAGGAACAAGUCCAUCGCAGACAUCAGAUUCAGCCCCAACAAUAAGUACCUUGCGGUGGGCUCUGAGGACCAGUGUGUGGACUUUUACGACAUAUCCCAGGGUCCUCCGCUAAACCGUGUCGGUUACUGCAAGGGCAUACCAAGCUUCGUCAUCAUGAUGGACUUCUCUGCAGACAGCCAGUUCAUCAGAGUGAGCACUGGGGCAUAUGUUAACCAUGUGUUCCAAGUGCCGAGUGGAAACCCUGUGACAGAUGCAGCCAAAAUCAAGAAGAUCACCUGGGAAUCAUGGACAAGUGUCCUUGGCAGUGAGGUUGUUGGUAUCUGGCCUAGAGGGGCCGGCCAGGCAGACGUCAACUGUGCCAACCUUGCUCACUCCUGCAAUGCCUUCGUGACUGGUGAUGACAGUGGCCUUGUGAAACUCUUCCAGUUCCCGUGUCCAGAUAAAUAUGCCAAACACAAGACGUUUGUUGGCCACGCAGCUCAUGUGACAAAUGCCCGAUUCACGUUCAACGACCGAUAUCUCAUUACUACUGGAGGAGAUGAUUGUUGCGUCUUCGUUUGGAGGUGCAAAUAAACCCAUGAACUGCCAUAACGGUGCUGACCACAUAUUACCAAACAACUUCAUCAAAUCUUAUUGUAAACAUCACCACUAUCAACUAGGCCAUCGUGACAAUUCCAACACCUACAAU